CUUAGUAUUCAUUUUUUAUUAAAUAAAACGACUACUUUAACAAAGCGUUUAUUGUCAUUUUGAAAUAAAAAAAUGCAUAAUUUUUUUACAUUGUCUGUAUUGCAACUUUUUAAAUUUUAGUUGCAACUGUCAUGAUCCUUGGUAUUUAUAUUAAAGGGUGACCAUAACCUAAUCUGAAAGAAACAAUAUAACCUAUAAAUAUACUAACAUAAAUGUUGUCUCCCACGAAUAAAAUUAAUCUUAUCGAAUGAAAAUUGAAAGUACCUAUCUGUUAUACAAUAAACAAAAUGACAGAUUAUUUAAGACAACCUGCUUUCGAUGUUGGAGAAAUUGACGAGGAUAUUAAUUUGUCCUUGCCUCCAACUUCCGGAGAAGAAUAUAUAAAAAGAGUAAUAAUAGAAACACAGAAAUGUGCUGAUAUUGUAGUAGCUGACAUUGAUAGAAAACAUUUUAAAAAACCUACGAUUGAUGUUGAACCUUUAUCAGGCUGCAUGGAGGCACCACCAUGGCUGGGCCCUACGCUUGAUUGGCAGUUAUGUCAAGUGUCAGACUUUUCCAAUAUCAGACUAUACAUAAGUCAAUUGAAAGAUGAAAUUCAGACAUUGAAACGUAAAUGGAAACCUCCAAAGAUCGAUAUGCCAAGUAUUGAUGAUGAGAAAGGUUGGAUCAAAUUCUGUUCAGGUAAUGAUGAAGAAAAUAUACGGGUUUCUCCAACAUUGGAUGUUAUUUUUUCUUUAAACCAACCAAUGGUAGAACAAAUAUUAGAAUAUUUAGUUGAGCACAUGGAAACGUUGAAAACGAUUGAGUACAAAUUGGGUCAAUGGAUAUAUGCAUUGCUAGUUGUUCUAGAAAUGCCACUAACUCCAGGAACAUGUUCUUGUCUGCGUUCUUUGGCUAGAACCUGUUCUGUCAUGCGCGCAAAAUCGAAGAAACUGGAAGUACAUGAAAUAGGGGCACUGAAUUUAUUUAUAUGCCUAGUUGCGCGAUACUUUCGCCAAUUGGACUUGGCCGAUCCUUGAGACCUUUGAUCUAUUUUUUUUUUAUUAAACUGCAGUUAUUAUUACUAUACUUUAUGUACGUUUUAAUAAAUUUAAUAAAAUCGACCUUUUAAUACAUCUA